UCAAAUUUUCAUUUUUGGGUGAACUAUCCCUUUAAGCUCUUACAGUGAUUUUUUAGUACAGGUUUGUACUAUUAUAGUGGAUAAAAACAAGAAGACAAUAUAAGUUAUAACCGUAAUUAAACUAAACUAUAUCUGUUCUAUCUCCAUGCAGCAUAUAUUCACAGUUUCUGACAUUAUAGUGUGUCCUGACUAAAUCCUGACACCGGAGAAUCAGCUCUUGAAGCUCCGCCCUCUUAGGCCGAGCACAGCAGCUCAUUUACAUUUAAAGGGCACACACUGAAACGGCACGUUUUUGCUCAACCCCAAAAAGUGGCAGUUUUAACAUGCUAUAAAAAAUUAUCUGUGGGGUAUUUUGAGCUCUGAGACACUGAACACACUUGUAUGUAAAAGAACAUGAGCACAUACUGUACAUUGAUGCAAUUAAAUCACACUAAGCCAUUUCACAAUCUGAGUUUUAUUUUAGUUAAUGUGCAGCCCUACUAUUAAUUACUACUUAAUCAGGAAUAUUCCUUUGAUGCCACACAGAUUCUCACCUAGGCCCUGUGCCGAGAGUAUUGUGACCUUUGGGAUGGGUCUGUUGGCAUUGGCAUUGACGGAGCUGUCUGACGCUGCAUUAUGUGAAUUUCAACUCAAUAUGCUGAUGAUACUGUCUUAAUUUAUUCCAUUAUUCUCUUGUGGCCCGUUCAUAUAGUGAAACAAAUGAGAAGAAUAGUAUUUCGUGUUAGACAGAACCUAAACAUUCAACAUUAGUGGGCUGACUUACUUUUCACCAUCAGUCGCGCGCACUUGAGGACUAACACUAACCCAGUUCUUGGCUAAUUUUCAGUCAGGCUUGUUCAUUCACUGGAGACUUGCUCUGAAUGGAUCAUUGAAUUCAUUCAGAACCUAGUGCAUUUUUUAGUUUGGCUUGCUUUGGCAUUGUCUAAAUGAACACUGCAAUCAUGCUGAUUCUCAGAUCACCGAUCACCAACAUAAUCUGUACUGAACAAGGUGGUCUAAAAAAACGAAGAACUCUGGAGCGCUUGUGAUGAGAAAGCAAACCAUAUCAACGAACCAUUGCACUUCUCCGAAACAGGUGCAUUGCAAGAAUACUGUCUCGACAAAGGAUAAAGCCUUGACUUUGUGCGUAAGAGACAGAGAGAUAACUUGUCAAUCAAAAACCCUUGAUUGACAUGCAUUGGAAGAAUGCUGUCUCGACACAGCCUGUAUAGUGCAUAAAAACACACCUGAGAACUGUUAAUAAGUUAAGCAAAAAAACAUUAUCUAACUCUUUACAUAUGAGCCAAUUAAACAAUAAUAAUUAUGUAAUUAAAAAUAUUUUUAAUUACAGUGACAGAUUACAAUAUAUUAACUAUGAAUUAACUUUAACAGUUUGCAAAUGAUUUUACUUUAUUACCAAAAUGUCAGAGUUUUAGAAGAUUUGAAGGAGAUGUGGAUGUAUUGCAACUGAAUUCUUUUUUUAAAGGUUAAACAUUUCAUCAUGUCAUCAAAGUUUUUUUUCUAUAACUUAUAGGAGGUAAACAGAGCAGGCUUUAUGAACAUAUUUUCUGACUGAAGGUGUGACUUUUUCAGAUACGACCGUGGAUUACUUCAUUUUGGGAGAUGCUUGUGAGUUAUUCUAAUUCUUUUAACUUUGGCAUGACUUGCCACACCUUGUACAACAUACUUUCAGACAGACUUUAAAAACUUCUAAAAAGAUGGAUAGCUUGUGACAUAUUUGGACUGCUUCUUCAGGUUGAACCUGUUUGUCAUGUUUCUAUAACUUAGGGUCUUACAGUUCCUGAAGCUUCAGGUAUAAGUUGAGCUCCUUCAAGCAAACUGAAGUUACUGCACUGUCUGCCUGAAGAAAAGCAGGAGUACAAACUUUCAGCAUUAAUGUCUUAUCUUAACAGGUGAAACAUCAACCACAUUACCUGGACCAAGAGAACUAAAAUCCACAUUUUUGGAAGGAUCUGCUCAGAGAAUGUUCCGGGACAGUUAUAACAAGUUUCACAGUAACAAAGACAUAACUGGAUCUCAAGCUGAGCUAAAUGUCAGUGCUGCAGCUCAGAGUGGAAGCAAUAUUACAGCACCUGCACUUACUAAAAAUACAAUAACAGGCAAUGUCCACAUCAUACAUAAUGCACCUGGUUUCACUGGGUAUCACAGAUACUCUGAAAAAACACAAACAUCAGAAAUCAGCUCAGCGAUUCACAAAUAUAAGAAGCUGAUCUGCAGUGAAUACCAGUAUGUGACUGAGUAUAACUCUCUGCCUGGUGAACAUGUGCUGCUGUCUGAGCGCUUCACACAACCUCUGAUCCUUAAGAAUCAUAGAGAUCCAAGAGAGAGAGAAGAAGAGAUCUGCUCCAGUGGAGAAAGAUUCCAGCAGGUCCUCAGCUUCAGGAGCAGUGAAGACUCUGUCCAUCUGAACUCUCUGUUUGACCCAGAUGGUCAUGGGAUCAGUCCCAGAGCUGUUAUACUGCAGGGAAAUUCUGGAAAUGGGAAAACCUUCACUGUUCAGAAGAUCAUGAUGGACUGGGCAUCUGGUGACCUCUACAAAGAGCGGUUUGAUAUUGUGUUCCACUUAAAGUGUAAAGAAAUAAACCGUAUUCCUGGCAAAAACAGUUUGGCGGAGAUCUUGAGUUACAGCUGCAGUUUAACAUCAGAUCAGAUCUCACAGAUGUUACAGCAUUCACCAGAGAAGGUGCUUUUCAUCAUUGAUGGAUUUGAUGAGCUGAAACUCACACAGGACAUUUAUCACACGUCACCAAACACUGAUCUGCUUCAGAAAGCGUCACCUGAGGUCAUUCUUUGUGACCUGCUGAGGGGUCGAAUCCUGCGAGAGUCCUUCCUGCUGGUCACCUCCAGAUCUACAGCUACGGACACACUGAGUAAACUGCUCAAAGGACCUCAAAGUUUCUCUGAGAUAAUUGGUUUCUCUGAGAAGGGGGUGGAGGAGUACUUCCAGAAGUUUUUUCAAAACGAGGCUCUUUUCAGGAAGGCUUAUACACUUGUAAAGCCAAAUGAAACACUCAUCACUGCCUGCUCCAUCCCUGUCGUCUGCUGGAUCAUCUGCACAACUAUCCAGGAACGAUUCAAAAUUGGUGCAGAUAUAACAAGAGGACUGGAAACCACCACCUCCAUCUAUGUUGACUUUGUGUCCACUCUACUGGAGCAUCACUGCCAGGGUUUGAGUCAGUCCGUCCCGACCCUGCUGAGGAGUCUGGGUCAGCUGGCAGAGAGAGGGAUUCUGGAACAGCAAGUCUUGUUUGAUGAGAAAAGUGUGAAUGAAACAGUUUCAGAUCCUGCUUGCAGUCCAUUCCUGUGCAAGUUCCUUUUUAAGAGAAGAAUCCACUCGGAGACAAUGUUCAGUUUCAUGCAUCUCAGCUUCCAGGAGUUCUUCACUGCUCUGUACUUUGUCCUUCUGGAUGAAGAAGAGUCCCAAAGGAAAUUUACACAGCUAUUUUCCAUUCACGAAAAGGCAGGUGGUUUUUCAAGAGGCAUUUCACGUUUAACAGCUGUGAUGCAGUUUGCUUUUGGCCUGUUGAAUAAGGAUGUGAGAGACACUCUUGGAAAGAAACAUGGUCUGUUUGUUCAUCCAAACACAGAGGCCUAUCUGAAAAAAAUGAUUUUAACAGAGAUUCAAAAAGAGACUUGGGAUUCAUAUACAAUAUGCUUUUGGAUUCACUGUCUGUACGAACUGCAUGAAGAGGACUUUGUAAAAAAAGCUAUGGAAUCCACACCUCAUAUAACUAUGUAUGGUUCAGUCAUCUUAAGAAGAAUAGACUGCUGGGCCCUGCUGUACUGCUCUCUGUGCUGUGAGUGCAUUGAAGAACUGGCUCUCCAUGACUGCAGAUUAUCAUCUGAAAAGUUGUCUAUUAUUCUGCCUGCACUCUGCAAGUUUAAGAAUUUAACGUUGAGUCCAGAAGGUCUAUCAUACGCUGAGCUUGCUGAACUGAUGUUUACUCUAACAAGAAGAAAGACCCUGAUCAUAAAGAGUGCCUGUAUUAGACCGUACAUUAAAGAUUGGUCUGUCGAAAGAGUGGAACUGUUUAUAAGAGAAGACGAAUACAGUAUGAGGAUAUCAUCUACACGAGACCCAAAGCAAAGUUUGAUAUCACUCUUCCUCACCUUUCCACACUCGGAGCUGAUCAGCAUUGACUGGACGAAACUUUUCCAGAUAUAUGAAAGGAAAUCCAGUGCAUUGUUGCCAUUUCUCCGUUCUUUCUUUGAACUGAAAAAGAUGGAAAUGACACUGGAUGUAUUGAAUAGGAAGUGGUCUGUGCAGAUCCUCCACAUCAUCCAGAAAUUCCCCAGUCUAACAGAACUCUCGGUACAUGCUUAUUUUUUACCGGAGGAGGGAAUCGAGAUCUUGCAGAGGUCAUGUGUGAGGCCAGCCUGUGAUUUGUCAUUUUCCGGGUACAGAUGCCAUAAAGAGUCUGAAAAAUGCACAAGUGGGAAAAAUGAAAGCUGCAAUCAUCAGGUGAAGAUUCAGCUGAAUUCCCAGGGCUUUUCUGUGGAGACAUUACGACAGCCCUUGUUUGGAAACUAAUGGUAAAGUGUUAUAACGGUUUACAGGAGUAAACUCCAGAAGCAGCAGCUGUACCAAGAACUGUGGAUGAGUGAAAAACGUAAAUAAAAUGAAUACAAAAUGCAGUUAGGUCUUGUAUUGUAAUUAUAGUAUGUUCUUAUUGUAUGAAGGAUUGCUGUGAAGAUUUGUAAAAUGUAAUUCAACAGACGUUAAACUUUAUUUUUAGGAACUCUUUGUUGCUGAUAUAUUUGAAGAGUCGUAGAAUCUGUAAUUAAUUUGUUUUGAUUUUGCAGUAUUAUGGCCAUAAAGGACCACCUAAUUCUCAAAAUUUGGUUCUGGCUAUGUAUGAAAAUUUAAUAAACAUGAACAUGUCUCUGUAGAUGUUAAACUAAAAUGUUGGCAAGUUUGGUGAAGGAAACACUUAAAAUGGAUUCAACCAAAAAUAAAAAUUUUGUUCAAAAACCCGUGAGACUCUCUCCUUUGAUUGAGGCUAAUUUAAUUAAUUAAAGCUAAUUUAAUUAAAUGGGACUUGACAAUCAUACUUUGCAAGAGACACUUGUAUUUUACAUGAUUAUAAUUUCUACAUAAAACUGUAUGGGUGAUGAGGAGAAAGCUGUAUUUGUUCA